GAGACUCAGGCUGUCAGGAGGAGAGAGACAGACAGGCCCGAGGGGGAUCAGAGCAGCAGGGCCGCCGAGACGGUGAAAAGAGAGGCAGAGAGUGACAGGCAGACACGGCUUGCCUGCUGGAGAAGUGGAAGAAGGGACACCGGCAAAGGGAAGGAGGAGGAAGAGGCAGUGAACGAGGGAGAAUUUAAAUGUGUGAGACAGACGUGGACUGAAGCCAUCGUCAGCUCAUGGUCUUAGAGCACAGGCAGGGGAGAGGAGGAACAGGAGGAGGAAUAGACUCACACAGGGAAGGGGAGAGAAGGAACGGGAAAGUGGAGAGCUGGUCAACAGUUGUUCCCCUAGAUCAGACGAUGAUGGGGCUGUACUACCAAGCAAUGCUACCGGGCUCUCAGGAUUCGACAGGAGGACAGGAGGGAUUGGUGGCCCCGCCCUUUUCACCAUUCCCCCCUCCACCCCCUCCUCAAAACGGGCUAGCAGGGACCGAGUUUGUCCCAGGGGUCAUGUUUGGUGCUGGGGGCCAAGGCCCAGCAGAGUUGGGGGCUGGUGCUAAUGGAGCCACCACCAAUACCACCAACAACAACGGAAAGACAGAGGAGGUGCCCCAGGGUGAGGCGGGCGUACAGUGCGGCACAGGAGGCUCAGGAUCUGGAGGCUCUGUGGGAGACCCCUCCGAGGCCAAAGGGACCCCCAAACGCCUCCACGUCUCAAACAUCCCCUUCCGCUUCCGGGACCCUGACCUCAGGCAGAUGUUUGGGCAAUAUGGGAAGAUUCUGGAUGUAGAGAUUAUUUUCAAUGAGAGGGGAUCAAAGGGUUUUGGCUUUGUGACAUUUGAGACCAGCGCAGACGCAGAGAAAGCCAGGGAAAAGCUCCACGGCACACUGGUGGAAGGUCGUAAGAUUGAGGUGAAUAAUGCCACGGCCAGGGUGAUGACCAACAAGAAAAUGGUCAGCCCCUACCCUAAUGGAGAGGCUCUCAGCACGCUGCCUUAUGCGGGGUGGAAGCUGAGUCCUAUGAUGGGGGCCGUGUACGGACCAGAGAUCUACGCAGUCCCAGGGUUUCCUUAUCCUUCAGCAGCGGCAGCAGCCACCACAGCAGCCGCAGCGUUCCGCGGUGCCCACCUCCGGGGCCGAGGCCGGCCCGUCUACAGUGCUGUGCGGGCUGCCGUGCCUCAGCCUGCCAUCCCUACCUACCCUGGACUAGUGUUUCAGGACUCAGUCCUUAGUCCCAGAUUGCCUCAGGGAGGCUACCCUGCCGCUGCUGCUGCUGCCGCCGCCGCCGCUUAUCGCUACGCCCAGCCGGCCGCCGUAACCGGAGCAACCGCCGCAGCUGCCGCCUACAGCGACAGUUAUGGCCGCGUGUACACUACAGACCCCUACCACGCUUUAACUCCAGCCGCUGCUGCUUACGGAGUGGGAGCAAUGCAGCAAUCAUUGUCCGUAGAAGGACUCAUGGCACUGCAAGCCAGUUUAUACCGGGCAGGAUACAGUAGGUUUGCUCCUUACUAAAACCACAAAUCGCACCUGAGGAAUUUCACAUCGCUCCAAAAACCCUUUUUCAAGCUCUUUGUUUGGCAGAAGCUCCCCUCCAUUUUUUUUUUUUCUCCAGGCGGACUAUAGUUACAACUCGUGUGUUUUGUUUUUCUUAUAUAUAUAUAUAUAUAUAUAUAUAUAUUUU